GAGCAUUUUAUUAAGUAUCUCACAUGUAACCCUUUUGGUACCGAAUCUCCAGUGCCGUGUACGAACUUCCUAAUGAAGCCCAACUGCUCUUUUUUAGUACGCAGCGGCUGGUGUUGAGAACCAGAAAGGUAAGAAAAAGUAUUAUCAGUUCUGUGCUUCCUCUUCCUAUCAUCCUCCUUCUCGUUUUUCCUCAGAACAUCUCUUCGUUACUGAUCGUGAACAGGUUACGACUCGUCUCAUUCUGCUCUAGAACCCCAACUAGGCGAAACCAACCCUUUUUUUCCGGCACAAAUUUCUCCUCUUGUUCGUUGUUUUUCCCCGUGUCUUGUUGCUGUCGUCGUCCGUGCUUCAAACUCAACUGUAGCAUUCUCUGUUCUUCUUUCUACUGUUUUUUUUAUUUUGUCUCUUGUAUGAGCUUUCUCACGCUUAAGUUUUAUAUAAACAAGACACGAUUGUGUCUCAUAUCAUUGCCUCUACUAUGUCUGUAAUUGGAAAAAGUCUACGCGAGAAAAUCAACAUUCUGGCACACUACCCCCAGACGGGUCUUUCCUUAAAACAGCUCGUCUACUUUGGUAAAAAUCCCACAGCCGGUAAAGUCUACCGAGCAGGUCUGUUCUUGCGCGAUGAAUUGCCCAUUCGGUUUGCCCAUCGCAUCAAGGAACUAGAGGAUCUUCCUCCUCCUCUGCACGACAUGAAGCGAAUUCAAGGCAUCCAGCAGGCAUACGCGAAAUCAAUGGAGGAAAUUAUCGAGCUCCAAAACAUUCCACUGCCAGAACCACCUUCUUCUUUUGGCAUUCCCGAUUCGAAGGCUCCUCGACUAAGUAGUAACGUCGAGGAUACGGAUAUUCACAACCCAUCAUUGCUCGAUACACACCUUGACUCGUCAAAAGGACGGUAUUUCUUCACAGACUUCAGUUACGAAUGCAACAGCGAAAUCUGCGUUGACAAAGAUUGUCCCAAGUCUGUUCACCUUUUCAAUCACAAGUUUGCUAAACUACUCGACAUCAUCCAACAGAGGCAUAAUCGCGUGGCCAUUGAAAUUGCUCUUGAUGUCCUUGAGUAUCAUUCACGUGUGAAACGCAUCGAUCCGGGGAUCCAAAAGUUCCUUGACCGAUUCUAUAUGUCUCGCAUUGGCAUUCGAUUUCUGUUAAGUCAGCAAAUCACAUUGGCCACAGAACCUCUUCGGCCAGGAUACGUCGGCGUUAUCAAUACCCACGCCCGCAUUCGUGAACUCAUUGAGGUUGCUGUCGAAAAUGCUCGUUACAUAUGUCAACAGGCAUACGGACUGUUUGAAGCGCCUGAAGUACAAAUCGUCUGUAACCCAAACAUUACAAUGAUGUAUGUGGAGUCCCACUUACAACACGCUCUCUUUGAGAUACUUAAAAACAGUUUACGUGCCGUGGUUGAACACCAUGGUGUGGACAGCGACACUUUCCCGCCCAUUAAGGUCAUUGUUGCUGAGGGUGCCGAAGAUAUUACCAUCAAAGUUUCAGAUGAGGGAGGCGGAAUUUCUCGUCGGAACAUGCCACUUGUAUGGUCGUACAUGUACACAACUGCUAGUCCUCAACUUCGUGAACAUGUUGAUUCUGAAGCUGGACCCCCGUUGGCGGGAUUUGGUUUCGGUUUGCCUAUGGCACGACUGUAUACUCGAUAUUUUGGAGGUGACUUGGAAUUAAUCUCCAUGGAUGGAUAUGGAACAGACGUUUUUGUACAUCUAAACAAACUCUGUGAAAGCGCAGAACCGCUGCAAUAGAUCCUUCAGGCUCUCGCAUUUCUCUUUCUUUCUUUCUUUCUUUCUUUCUUUUUUUUUUUUUGCUCUCGCUUGGAUGGGCUGGGUGUCGUCCAUCCAUAAUUUAUAAUUUACAUUUUUUGCUAACCAGAAUGACUCAUAUCUUGGAGAGCUUCCCACGUUUGUGCUGCGAGUGAAGCAUUCAUUUGCUGCUUUUUCGGCGGCAGAAGCGUUGUUGGCGUUUCAACCUUUUCAAGCUGUAGCACCUGACGGGAAAGUCCCGUAGAUACGAAUUCUACUGUGGAGAAGAAGUCUCUUGCAUGUUGUUGAAACUUCUCAAUUGACUUUUCCUCCUUAAUUGCUUCAAUGCAUGCACUGGCUGAGGUUAGAAUGUCCGGAAUUCUUCGCUCAAUUUCUGCGAUGGUUUUUAGCUCUGACGUUUCAUCGAUUUCCGGGGACGGACUCGGUGAAAAUAGUUCCUCCAUUCUGUCACCAAGGCGAACGAAAAAGGAUGAGAAUUCCUUCUCGUCGACAGCUGGAGGUAGUGGUAGACAAUAAUAUUAUCAGAUGGGGUAAGGUUCAAAUAAGGUUUAAUGUUUUAUCUUAACGAAAUUGAGCGGUCAUUUCAAGGUUUCACGGGAAAUACCUGAGGAUGUCUGCCGAACUAUAAUGAAUAAUGUUUUCAAUU